AUGACCCGAAAUUCGAAGGCUCUCAUUUCCAACCAUUCGCCGCGCCAAAUCACCGCUGGCACGCCGUUGAAGAUAGACAAUAAUACCCCCGAGCUAUUCCGGCCACUGAGUAUCCGCUCAGUCACACUUAGGAACCGGAUAUGUGUUUCUCCAAUGUGCAUGUACUCUAUCACAUCUUCAGGGCCUCUGGCUGGCGUCAUGACCCCUCUGUACAUUACCACGAUCGGCCACAACGUUUUCAAGGGUGCUGCGCUAGCCAUUAUUGAGGCCACAGGCGUCCAGCCAAACGGUCGCAUUACUCCUCACUGUCCUGGCCUUUGGAAUGAUGCUCAGGAGCAUGGCCUGAAAUCAAUAGUCGAUUUUAUUCAUUCCCAAGGUGGUCUUUGCGGCGUUCAAUUAUCUCAUGCCGGAAGAAAGUCGAGUACACAGCCUCCACUGGUUGCCCAGCAGCUAGGGAAGUCAAGUGCAAGGGCAUCAAAAGAAGAAGGCGGUUGGCCGGAUGACGUUCUAGGACCUUCGGGUGGUGUAAAACAUUCAUGGGAUGGUAAAGGACUCGACCCAUCAGGGGGUUACCACGUACCUCGGGAAAUUACUGAGUCAGAGAUUGGAAACCUAGUGUCAAAUUAUGCAAAUUCAGCCCAAAGAGCUGUGAACGCCGGCGUGGAUAUCAUUGAGAUCCAUGCCGCCCACGGUUAUCUUAUCAAUCAAUUCCUCAAUCCCGUCACGAAUCGCCGGAAAGAUAGGUAUGGUGGGAGCUUUGAUAAUCGGAUUCGUCUGCUUCUUGAAGUUAUUGCUGCCGUUCGUGCCGUGAUACCAACAAGCAUGCCAGUAUUUGUCAGGGUCAACGGCACCGAUUGGACGGAAGAAACGGAUGCUGGAAAAAAGUUUGGAAGCUGGACAGAGGAGUCGACUAUCAAGUUAAUCGGGAUUUUGCCAAGUUUGGGUGUUGACCUCGUCGAUAUAAGCUCAGGAGGCAAUCAUCAUCAAGCAAAAUUCAAUGUGUUCGAUGCUGGCCCUCAUCAUACCGCCAUGGCGCUGAGAAUAAAGAAAAUUCUGCAGGCCGAAGGAAACACGAUUCUGAUUGGAACUGUUGGGUUGAUUACUGAAGCCCGACAGGCUCGAGACCUGGUUGAGAGUGAUGGGAAUGGAGGACCCGGAGUUGAUAUAAUAUCUGUUGGCCGGCAAUUCCUCAAAGAGCCAGAUUGGGUUUUGAAGGUUGCUUCUGAGCUUGAGGUUGAUGUCGCUUGGCCAGCGCAGUUGGAACGACUCAGACCCGGUCCCAUGUCUCGUAUUUAG